GCACACAAAUAUCUUUGUGUGUGUGUGUGUGCGUGUGUGUGCAUCUGCUUAUGCGUAGAAAAAAAGAAGGGGGUGUGUUCACUUGGAGACAGCGGGGAUAGCUUAUUAGGAAAUCAUCCCUCUUAGCCAAUGGUUUUUAAGAGUGAGGCAGAUGUCAUUUGACUGAGAAGUACCACCUCCCACUGCCAGCACAUCCCCUUCAGUGUAGCGCAGCGCUGUGUGAGAGCACCACUGUGACUGCUCUCUCCUCUCUGUCUGUGUUUCUCUCUCAUUGUCCACAGACACUUUCACGCCUUCUCUCUGAUUUCUCUCCCUCUCUUUUAUCUGCGCUCGUGGUCCCUCUCCUCGCCCCUCCUCUCUUUGCUUUUUUCCUCUCCUCUCCUCUCUUCUCUCCUCUCCUCUCCUCUUUCUCUCUGUGACUCUGUCCCAUAGGCAGAGAUAGGAUCUGUUACAAACAGCAGCAGCCACACCAAGAGCCCAGGCCCUGUAGCCCAUGCUGACUUAUGCCAACCCCAGUAGGAACAUCAGUGGGUGGGUACUUGACAGAGCCAGCACCAGGGAGUUAAUUCCACUCAGUGUUGCUGGAGGUGUGACACAACCCCAGCCCUCUACACAUUGAUUCACUCAGGAUUAAGCCACUGCAUGAUGCUUCAGGCGGGAGGGCUGGCGCAGCUGAUUUACUGUCCCUGUCAGACUUAACGUCUUUGGAGGCCUCCUCUGCCCUGCUCUUGUCCUCUGUGGAAGAACUAGUGAAAAGCAUCUGCCACUGCACCAACCGGAUCACCCAAAGGGAUGACUGGAAGUCAUCUUGCACAGGAGUAAGAGAGGAAGCAAUGGGCUGGACUAUGACUCUAAAAGAUGACUUUGGGGUCAUUGCCUGGAAACAGCGAGCUGGGUACUACCUCAGCCUUUUCGUCCUCUUGUCUCUCUUUUCCUUUUCAGUCCAGUCAGACAUUGUGUUUCCUAAGGACCAUCAUUUUUCAUGGAAAGCAGGCCAGUGGGGUCAGUGUAUCGGGGAGGACUGUGGUUCUGGUGGAGUUCAGACAAGGACAAUAUGGUGUGUGCACAUGGAGGGCUGGACCACCCACCAUACGCACUGCCAGCUCAUGGACAAGCCAGAAAGUCAGCGGCACUGCUUUAAGGUCUGCAACUGGCAUCAGGACCUCUUUGAGUGGGAAGUGUCAGACUGGGGGGGCUGUGUUCUUGUUCCUUUCUUUGGCAACAAGCUCACGCUGAGUACAGCUGAGUGUAUUACAGCACAACAUGGCAUCCAGAGGCGCAAAGUCCACUGUGUACGUACUUCAAACCGUACCACAGUAACCUCAAGGAUAUGUGAGUUCUUUUCCCAGAAACCACCUGUGGAGCAGGCAUGUCUCAUCCCUUGUCCCCAGGACUGUGUAGUUUCAGACUUCACCUCCUGGUCAAGUUGCAGCAAAUCUUGCGGUACUGCCCUGCAACAUCGGACUCGACAUGUCCUGGCCACGCCAAUGUACGGAGGUGCAAACUGCCCUAACUUGACAGAGACCAGGACUUGUUCUAGCCCUGUUGACUGCCCUGCUGGGGAGGGUGAAUACCAGUACAGCCUUAAAGUAGGGGCAUGGAGUGAGUGUCGGCUACCCCAUCACAAGGAUGCCCUGUUAAGCGGUAGGACCACAGUGGACUUUAGCAGCAGUGCCAGCGAGAACAACACAGUCACAUUGCACACACAGGCUUCUCACCACCAGCACCACAAUCACCACCUCCACCACCAGCACUAUCCUCAUGAGCGCAACAAGUACCCCAUGUCAUGGGAACUGGAGAUGGGAUACCAGACACGACAAGUCCGCUGCACACGGAGUGAUGGCAAGAAUGCAAUGCUGAGUCUCUGUACCAAGGGCAACUCCCCCCUGACCUUUCAGGCAUGUGUGAUGCCCAAAGACUGUCAGACAUCUGAUUGGUCAACAUGGAGUCCAUGCUCGAAGACCUGCCGGUCCACUGACCUGUCUCCUGGUUACCGCCUCCGGUCACGGAUCAUGACACAGAUCCCAGUUGGGGGAGGAAAACGAUGUUCUGCCCUUGAGGAAAAAGAAGCUUGCAACAUUAUAGGAGAUUUACUUCCAAAUUGCCCCAGGUAUGUGUGGAGGACUACUGACUGGAGAGAAUGUCACAUCUUGCCCUUACUGAGCCAGCAGGAGAGGCGGCUGGCUAACAUAAGUAUUCUGUGUGGAGGGGGGAUCCAGAACAGGAAGACCUACUGUGUUCAAGUCCCUGAUGAUGCAGCACCACAUCACAGGAAAGAGGUGUCCAGGCCUGUGAAUGUAAGGCUGUGCGCUGGUGAAGAGCCCCCCUCGGCUAUCCAGAACUGCUCCAUCCCUUGCCAGCACCACUGCUUGCUCUCCCAGUGGUCAUCCUGGGGUGCCUGCCUACAUGACAACUGCAAAGAACCACAGGGAAAGAGAGGUUUCAGGCAGAGGAGGAGAGAGUUGUUGUGGGAGUCCAGCAGUCCUCUGGAGACCUGCCCUCAUCUGGUGGAGUCGGUCCCUUGUGAGGAUCCUGUCUGCUACCUGUGGAAGGUCCAACAGGAAGAAAGAUGCAUUCCUAGUGAAAGCCCCUGUGGUCCUGGAACUGCAGUCCAGAAUGUGACCUGUGUCAGCGCUGAAGGGGAAAAUGUGCCCAUUACCCUCUGUGAAGCUGACCAACCCCCCACAGAAGUGUCCUGUGAGGUACCCUGUUCUGCAGACUGUGUGGUUGGCUCCUGGUCUUCCUGGUCUCCCUGCUCACACAGCUGUGCCACCAAGAACGCAGAGGGCCGACAGAGCCGCACUCGCACAGUGUUGGCCCUCCCAGGGAAAGGAGGGAAGGAGUGUCCAGCUGCUCCAGCCCUGGAAGAGUGGAGGGUCUGUAAUGACCAUCCCUGUAUGGUGUUCUUCUGGGAGGCCUCACCCUGGGGUCCCUGUAUUGAGGAUGCCUCCAUAGAUCUCAAUGGAACCAGCUUCUCUAAUGGGAGCCAUUCCUGUGCCGUGGGUGUUCAGAUCCGUAAAGUCAACUGUGUGAAGAUGAACGUUGGACCUGUCAUAAGCAAAAGGUGUUCAGAUUCUGCUCGUCCAGAAACCGUCCGACCCUGUUUGCUCCCCUGCAAGAAGGACUGCAUUGUGACACCCUUCAGUGAAUGGACAGCCUGCCCAUCAACCUGUAUGCCAGAUAACGCGACUGCCGCCACGCAGUCUCGAUACAGGAUCAUCAUUCAGAGGUCUGCUAAUGGAGGUCAAGAGUGUCCUGACACGCUGUAUGAAGAGAGAGAGUGUGAAUCAAUUCCUGUAUGUCCAGUGUAUAGAUGGAGGACACACAAGUGGCACAGCUGUACUCUGGUUCCAGAUUCUGUUCGACGUGGAUUAUCUGGACCAGGCGAAACAUGUGGAAAUGGUUUAGAAACAAGAGGACUCAGUUGUAUUGAGGAGAGUGGUGAAGCGGCCAAUAUGACAGAGUGCCUGCGAUGGGCUGGCCCCUUGCCCCCUCAGAUCAGAGAGUGCCGGGUGGCUUGCAAGGAUGACUGCACUCUAACUGCGUGGUCCAAGUUCUCUGAAUGCACUGGAUGUGGCAGCUCCCGCAGUCGCAAGCGCUCACUCACAGGUCGCAGUAAAAAGAAGGAUCAUUGCCUGAAUGAGAAGUUGUACCCACUAGAGGAGACAGAGACCUGUCCCUGUGAUGAAUUUUUGUCCCAGCCCUAUGGGAACUGGUCUGCUUGCAUCCUCCCUGAUCCUUCAGCCCCAGGGUCCCUGAAGGGCUGGAUGAGCCACCGAGAGGUAAAGGAGUGUGGCCAAGGUCUGCGCUACAGAGCUGUGGCUUGUAUUGACCAGCAGGGACACCUGGUCAACCCCACUCUCUGUACAGAUUCAGGCUACACAGUGGAGGUUUGCCACAUCCCAUGCCCCCUAGACUGUAAGCUCAGUGACUGGUCAGCCUGGUCAGCCUGCAGUGCAUCCUGUGGCAGUGGGUUGAAGAUCAGAUCCAAGUGGCUCAGGGAGAAAGCUUUCAACGCCGGACGCCCAUGCCCCAGGCUGGAUUUGAAAAACCAGGCUCAGGUGUACGAGGCUGUGCGGUGCCACAGUGAAUGCAGCCAAUACGAGUGGAAGAUCGAGGCAUGGUCCAUUUGUACCAUCAACACCGUGGAUGACCUGCCAGCCUGCGGGGAGGGAGUCCAAAGCCGCAAGAUCAGGUGUGUGAAGAAAGGAACAACAAGUGGGGAGGCCAGCAGUGUGGAGGACAGCUUGUGUGAUCAAGAGGAAAUGCCACCCAGAGCCCAGGUGUGCUUUCUGGCUUGCGCCAACGACUGUGUCACAGCACCCUGGGGACCGUGGAGCAACUGCCCUCCGCAAUGUGACCAAGGAACAGCAAGGAACAGGAGCAGACAUAUUCUCCGACUCCCAGCCUCAGAAAACGCGGCAUGCCCAGAGUUGGUCCAGUCAGAGCCAUGCGUCCUCAACAGCACCUGCUUCAUGUACCAGUACAGAGUCUCAGACUGGAGUACAUGCCAGCUGAGGGAAAACGCCAUUUGUGGUCAGGGUUCACGAUUGCGUCUCUUGGACUGUAUUCGCAGCGAUGGCAAGAUUGUGGAGUUGAAGAAGUGCGAGCAGUUUGGUCUUAUCAACAAGUGGGGGCUGUCGGAAAGCUGUGUGGUUGACUGUCCUGUCAGCUGUAUUCUCUCCGAUUGGUCGUCGUGGGCGGAAUGCUCGCAUAGCUGCGGUAGCCAAGGUCAGUCUGUUCGAACCCGGAGAAUCCUGCAGGAGGCUCACGAGGAGGGUCGGCCUUGUCCCAACCAGCUCACCCAGACCAAGCCAUGUCCCAUAAGGCCUUGCUAUACUUGGCAGCUGAGUGACUGGUCUUCGUGCACUAUAGAGGGUGCAGAGUGUGGUGAGGGGCUUCGGAGACGGAACCUAUCAUGUGUCAUUCACUGGGGUGACUGGCCUGAGUCUCCUGCUCAUCCAGUGGAGGAGGAGCUUUGUGGAGACAAACUGAGGCAGCAGAUCCAGCAGGACAUGGAGCAGCCCUGCUUCAUCCCCUGUCCAGGAGACUGCCAUUUGACUGUGUGGUCAUCUUGGAGCUCUUGCCAGCUGACCUGCCUGGAGGGACGAAGCUUUGAGACCACGGGGCGCCAAGCUCGCUCAAGAGCUGUGAUCAUUCAGGUCAUGGAGAAUCAGGGCAGCUGCCCACAUCAAGUCUUUGAAACCCAGCCCUGUAAAGGAGGAAAAUGCCACAGUUACCAGUGGAGGACAGGAGGAUGGAGCAACAAUGAGAGAGUGGUGUGGUGUCAGCGCUCAGAUGGUGUCAAUGUCACAGGGGGGUGUUUCCCACAGAAAAGGCCGACCACGGUCAGACACUGCCAUCCUCCGUGCACUAAACCCUUCUCACACUGCACACCGAGCGGAGUGUGUGGGUGUGAGAAGGGUUACACUGAAGUGAUGACCACGCAUGGCUUUUUGGACUACUGCACAAGAACCCCGGGGGUGGACAACAACAAGAAAGCUGAUGUGAAAACCAACUCUGGAAGAUUAAAACCCGGACCAUCUCAGGCACAGGAUCUCUUCAAUGAGUGGACCUUACGACCUGUUGGCCCAGAUGGAAGAAUAAAACUGUGGGUGUACGCCGUGACUGCUGUUGGAUUCAUCUUAAUACUCUUCAUUAUUGCAUUAUCAUUCCUGGUCUGUAAGCCAUCCAAAACCACAAAGACGUCUCCUCCUCCGCAGAAACCCUUGACCCUGGCCUAUGAUGGUGACAUGGAUAUGUAACCAGAAUGCAAUACCUCAAAAGGACGCGCUCGGUCUCGGACAGACUCCUGACUGCGUUCAGAUUGUUAGCAAGCACGUCCAUCGCAUACUACUGAUUGUUGGAAAGUUUGAGCUUGGUGACAAUUCGCUGUCGUGGCACUUGUCUUGCAAAAAUGCAGCAAACAAGCGAUGCUCAAGCAUGAUUUGCUGUAGUCCAGAUUUUUGGCUGCAGCAAAACUGUCCUCCACGCAAAAGAGGAACCAAAGCAGAACAUGGUGAAAAUGACAGAAAAAGGUCUCUAGACAUAGAAAAUAAAUGGACCUCUGGUUUCUUUUUUUUUUUAAAACUGCUAGCAAUGUGAACACAAUUGAAGCACUGUUGAAGAGGGCAAAGACGAAGUGGAUUUUGGAGUUUUUCGUGUGUCAGGAAUCAGAGAGACCACCUGGUUACUUGUCUCGUAUUUGUGUUGUGAGGGAGACGAAACAUCUCGAGUCAGCAGUCACCCAUGACAUUCAAAGGUGGAACAACAGAAGCAUUUGACAUUUGACUUUGUCUCAUCAGUGCUGGAUCUUUGUAAAGGGAAAUGUCACAAGCCUUUUGGGUAAACAAACAGCCUUUUUUUGAAUUUCUGAGAAUAAACAAGAUGCUCUAUGCACUACGUUAGUGCUGAUUCACUUUUGUUUCUUCUUUCUUUUUUGUUUUCCUUUCAAAUGACUUUUCUAGUGAUUUCAGUGUAAUGCAAGUUGUUGCUGUCAGAUUGUGUUUUGUUGAUGAUGUCAUAUGUGGUGUAUAUGUGGAAACCAAACGCAGGUUUGCCUUGAAUUUAACAAUACUAUGAUGCAGUAAUUUCUCCUCCCUAAUUCACCUAAGACUCUUUGCCACUGAGGACUAAAUUACAAAACGAAACAUGGCGACAAAUGCAGUCGAGAAUAACAUACACAGACCUUUAACACAAUGUAUCAAAUACCAGCAUGAUAAAGUUCAUACCUCAUACAAACGUUUUCCAUCAAAUACUAAAUAAAAAUGCACUGGUCACCAAAACAGAUACAAGAAUAGAAAUUAGAAGAAUUAUCCAUUGGAGAAAAUAUGCGUUCCCUUUUUUUUUUUUUUAACAAUAAUGCCACGUUUCAUUUUCAUUUAACACAAUUUAUUCUCUACCAUUACACCCAAAUACAAAGUCAGCUAUUAGCAAGGAGAAAAUAUAGUUUUUGACAGUCUUGUGUUUUUUUUAUUCACUUUCAUUUUCGCACCACAAAAGCAGGGCUCAAACCAUGAAAAACAGCAAAUACCAAAUAUUUGUGAGCACAUAUUAAUUAAGAGAGCCAUCUCUUAUUUUUAUUUCUCUAACUCAUGCACAAAAGUAAAAUAUUUAAUUCAGCCCUGAAUUUAUUUCACAUUUCCACUUACAGCACAAGACAUCCAUUAAUUUUAGUGCCAGAAUAUCAUCCCAAAGCACAGUAAUGGACCAUAAACACUUAUUUAAACAUAAUUUAUACAUGCAUCCUUCAUUGCGUUAUUCAUGCUACACAGGCGAGGAGGAAUUAGGGUCCUAAUACUUUGUGGUUUUUGGCACUGACCAGGGUUUACUUUCUGCCUCUGCACACUGAAGAUUUGGUCUUGUGUUAUCUGACCUCCUUCUGAAUGUAUUUUAACAAUAAAUCUAUAAUCUUAAUGGUUGUGUGAAUAUCGUUGUUACACAUUGUAACAAUUGUAUUUCAACAGCUGAUUGUAUGUAGGCAUGCUUGAUCCAUUUUGGCAGAAAGUGUUCAGAGUGGCCUUGCAAAGAUCCUGUUUUACAUGAUGCCAAACAUUUUUUUGAGUAGUUUCUUUUUGGCAGUGUUUCUAAUAUUUGGCCAGCAAAGUCAGUGUAAGAUCCAAUUGUGAAAUACCAUUGAUUUAUAAUUAACAUGAUCAACUAAUUAACAAUCAUCUAGGCACAUCUCCAUUAUAAAACAGAGAACAGAUCACUUCUGACCUGCUGAGAGAAAUUCUAUUGGGUUAUGUUCAAGAAAAUCUAAAGGUAUGCUCACUCAUUGUUUACAGUACCAUGCUAUUUGUGUUACUAUUGUGUGUACAUGGACAGCUGGACAAAAAUGCAAAUAAAUUGUGGAAC